CCGGCGGCGCUUGUUGUUUAGCGGCGGCGGCCGAGCUCGGCUGCUGCCUCGGGCCUCGCCGCCGCCGGUCCGCACGCGGCCAUGGAGCUGGAGGUGCCGGACGAGGCGGAGAGCGCCGAGGCGGGGGCCGUGCCCUCGGAGGCGGCCUGGUCGUCGGAGAGCGGGGCGGCGGCAGGCCUGACCCAGAAGAAGUCGGCCCCGUCAGAGGCCCUGUCAACGAUGGGACAGCCCGGCCCUGGCCACGGGAAGAAGUUGGGUCAUCGCGGCGUGGACGCGUCUGGAGAGACCACCUAUAAGAAGACCACCUCGUCCACCCUGAAGGGGGCCAUCCAGCUGGGCAUCGGCUACACUGUGGGCAACCUCAGCUCCAAGCCGGAGCGCGACGUGCUCAUGCAGGACUUCUACGUGGUGGAGAGCAUCUUCUUCCCCAGCGAAGGCAGCAACCUCACCCCCGCCCACCACUUCCAGGACUUCCGGUUCAAGACCUACGCGCCCGUCGCCUUCCGCUACUUCCGGGAGCUCUUCGGGAUCCGGCCCGACGACUACUUGCCCUCCCCGAAGCCCACGCCAGCUUCCGCUCGCGCCCCCUCGGGCAGCGCCGAUGACCCCCCAGCCAUAGGGGCACCCGGGAACGGGUCUCAGCCCCUGCCCCUCAGCCGCCUCCCUCGCCGCGAGGCGCGCGUCCCGGGCCGCCGGCGGUUUCGGCGAGGCCGGCGCUGCCCUGUCUUCCAGUACUCGCUGUGCAACGAGCCGCUCAUCGAGCUGUCCAACCCGGGGGCCAGCGGCUCCCUGUUCUACGUCACCAGCGACGACGAGUUCAUCAUCAAGACCGUCAUGCACAAGGAGGCCGAGUUCCUGCAGAAGCUGCUGCCCGGCUACUACAUGAACCUGAACCAGAACCCGCGGACGCUGCUGCCCAAGUUCUACGGGCUGUACUGCGUGCAGUCGGGCGGCAAGAACAUCCGCGUGGUGGUCAUGAACAACGUGCUGCCGCGCGUGGUCAAGAUGCACCUCAAGUUCGACCUCAAGGGCUCCACGCACAAGCGGCGGGCCAGCAGGAAGGAGAAGGAGAAGAGCGCGCCCACCUACAAGGACCUGGACUUCAUGCAGGACAUGCCUGAGGGGCUGCUGCUGGACGCCGACACCUUCAGCGCCCUGGUCAAGACGCUGCAGCGCGACUGCCUGGUGCUGGAGAGCUUCAAGAUCAUGGACUACAGCCUGCUGCUGGGCGUGCACAACAUCGACCAGCACGAGCGCGAGCGGCAGGCCCAGGGCGCACAGAGCGCCUCGGGCGAGAAGCGGCCCGUGGGCCAGAAGGCGCUCUACUCCACCGCCAUGGAGUCCAUCCAGGGCGGGGCCGCCCGCGGCGAGGCCAUCGAGACCGACGACACGAUGGGCGGCAUCCCGGCCGUGAACGGCCGCGGGGAGCGGCUGCUGCUGCACGUGGGCAUCAUCGACAUCCUGCAGUCCUACAGGUUCAUCAAGAAGCUGGAGCACACCUGGAAGGCCCUGGUGCACGACGGGGACACGGUGUCCGUCCACCGCCCCAGCUUCUAUGCAGAACGCUUUUUCAAGUUCAUGAGCAAUACAGUCUUUCGGAAGAAUUCCUCCCUGAAGUCCUCACCGUCCAAGAAGGGCCGAGGUGCCUUGCUGGCCGCCAAGCCCCUGGGGCCCACUGCUGCCUUCUCCGCCAGCCAGAUCCCCAGCGAGCGCGAGGAUGCCCAGUACGACCUGCGGGGCGCCCGCAGCUACCCCACGCUGGAGGACGAAGGCCGGCCCGACCUCCUGCCCUGCACGCCACCCUCAUUUGAGGAGGCCACCACCGCCUCCAUCGCCACAACCCUGUCGUCCACCUCCCUCUCCAUCCCCGAGCGGUCCCCCUCGGAGUCCUCGGAGCAGCCUCGGUACAGGCGGCGCACGCAGUCCUCCGGACAGGAUGGCCGGCCCCAGCAGGAACCACACGUGGAAGAGGACCUGCAGGUCACGGUGCAGGCAGAGCCCACGUGCAGCGUGGAGGUGAUGGUCCCCAAGGAGGAGGACACAGGGGUGGAGACCUCCUUGACCGGUGCAUCUGCCACCACCGUGGAGGUGGAAACUGCCAGCCAGGCCUCGGAGCCCGCGAGCCAGGCCUCGGACGAGGAGGACACGCCCGCCACAGAUAUCUACUUCUUCACCGAUGGGAGGUACUGGAUUUACUCCCCCCGCCAUCGCCGACUGCGGGCCGUGACGCCGAGCCCCUCGGGGACUCCCACGGACGAGAGGAGCUGGGUGUAUUCCCCGCUUCACUAUAGCGCGCAGGCGCACCCCGCCCCCGACGGCGGCAGCAACACAUAAUCUCUAUGCAGCCCCCAACCUGGAGCCCAGCGCCCGCCGCCCCCAGAGGCGUCGUCUGCCCCCAAGGCCUGGAGCCCGGAGACCUGGCCCAACCUCAUCCUCCUUCGUCCUCCCCCGGACGCUGAUGGCCAAGCCCCUCCCUGCCCCAUGGGGGCCUGGCGUCCACCACCGACCUGCACCCACGGGCCGGUGACCCUCCAGAGCGUCAAAUCGUGUAGUAUUUACUUUGCACAGAGAAGGAAGCACCUGUGCGCUUUUUUAGGAAAAAACAAAAAAGAAACAAAAAGCAGGAAGAGAAGAGACUCCACCCGCUACUCUGCGGCCCUCGCCCACCGCGCCCGCCUGUCUGCCAGGGACAGGCCUCCGCCACCCGGGACCUGGCCCAGCUGCCCGCAGAGCCCACACUCCCAUCUCAGCCUGGCAGCCUGUGGAGGAGACUAAUGGCUGAGAGUGCAAGGGCCACUGUCCAGAGGGUCCUGAGGCCGCCCCCUCCUCACCUGGGAGCAGGACCCCUUCCUCGGCAUCACGCGCAUCCUCAGCAGUGGCCUUGCACCUGUUUCCUGCCGCUAAGAGGGACAGCGGAGACCAGGCACCCAGCGCCAACGUCAGAGGCUGCAAUUCAGACCUCGCACUCGGGUCCCCUACAGCUGCCCUGGUGGAGCCUGGGGCCGGGGACCUAGCUGUCCCUUCCUAGCACACUGUGCCAGAGGAGAGGACCCCCCGGGGAGACACCCCUUUCAAAGCCAAAUGUCCGGCUUUGGGAGGAAAGGCGUCCAGGCCUCGGGCCACAGGUCCCAGAGCGGGAGUCCCGGUGAGGGGCCAGGCCGCAGUCAGGCCUGCUCGGCGGGUCAGGGCACGUCCACCCCAGCCGGGGGCUUCCCUCUUUCAGGGAUGGCCGUGCAUGCUUGCACUUGUCUCCUCCAUCAGUGACAGCUGCUCCUAGCCACCAUGGCCCCAGACCCUUCUGUGUCUGGACGGGUGGGUUGGAGCCGUCACUGUCCCCCGCAGGACCACUGGAGGGGUGUGUUGGGGUGGCAGGGCCUCAGUGGUGGAGGCAGAGGUGGGCCUGUGGCAAAAGCCACUCUGGCCUUUGUGGGGCAGGACAUACAGGGACCAGUCCACCCAGGAACGUGGAAGGCCAUCAAGCCCCAUGCCACCUCACGCCGCCCUAUCGGCCACUCAGGCCCUCCCGGUCUCCAGCCCACAGCAGUGGCAGGGGCCAGCCAUCUCCCCACCUCCACCUAGAAGGCCCCUGGAGUCUCUUCGCCCAGGAAAGGGACCUCAUGACCUCACAGGGGGCUGCUGCAGGGGCUCAGGCCCAUCAGGAGGAGCUCAUCUGGGGUCCCCAGCACCCUCCCUCCCUCCCUCUGGCCAAGAAGCGUCGGUUUAGAUGCAGAAGCCUUGGCUGUUCACACACUUCCCCGUCUGCUGGCUCCGGUCAGUCCCUGCCCAUUCUGUGGAAAGACACCCAGCAGGCACCUUGGGGACACAGGGCAGAGGUCAGAAGGGGCACCUAGCAUCUGGAUGACCAGCAGGCACAGCUGUGUUGUCACUGCACCUGGGUCCCCAGGGGCCUGGCACCAGGAACACGAAUCUGCAGAGGUGGCCUGGAGCGGUGGGCACCACCCCUCAUGCAGCCAGAACCGUCCAGGGCGGCUUGGCAAGGCAGGGAGUGGCCGGCGUAGCCCCUCCGGCCUGGGUGGUCACAGCCGGCCUAUGCUGGUGGGGCCAUGGCAGGAGAGACUCGGGAUCUCGUGGACGCCACAGCAGUCACGUUUUUGUGCUAAGUGUCACAAAGAACCCUUGGAGACCCACGUUGUGUUGUGUUUUUUAUGCCUUUUGGGGACUGUGAAGCAGAUGUCAAAGUUCUCCUGACCUUGUCAAGAGACCAUGUUUGCUUGUGAUGUGGGGAAUCGGGGUGAGGAAAGAUCUGUUUAUGUCGGGCAAACUCCUGGCCGUCCUCAGACCCCCACAAGGAAGGCGCUGGGCUCGCCCGCCAUCUCUCCUCCCGUGGAAAUCUGUAAAUACUGUCAUGAUCCACUGCCCUCCCGGCCUGGCUCUCUGAUGGCUGCUAUUGCUCAGACCGUGGACAGUGUCCACAUUACAACUGUAUAAACUGUACUGUAAAAACCAAGAGGCAUUUUCUCUGAGACUGACGAGGUGGAAACUCCCAGAGUCCCCUUGCGGCCUGUGUCCCUCCUAAGCCAUCCCACCACAUCCCGCCCCCCGCACCUGGCUCAGUGCAAUACUCCUGUCCCCAUGGGGUCCCACGCCAUGGUACUCUCGCCACAGCCCCUCGGUCCCACCCCGGGAUGAACAUCCCCCACCUUUUCUCUGGUGGAGAAAACUGCGUCCCCUGUGCCCACCCCAUCUCAUUAUUAUGGCCAAGCCAAUUCCAAAACGACGGCAAACCUUGUGUGUCUUAAGUAUCACCGGGGGUUCCUCGUCCUCAGCCCCUGUGGUCUGGUGUGUGACAAUCCAGAGCAUGGCUUCCCACGGCACUGACGAGGAGGCCGUGUCCCUCCAACCCAGAGUGGUGGGCACCCCUGACAGUGCGACCACUGCUGGCCCCAGAUAGCACUUGUAUGAGCCCGGGCCCCCCACCCGGCCACUUCCCCUCUUUUUACGUUGAGGAGAUCUCUAAUAAAUCGGGUAUAAACAUC